AUGCGUAACCUCAUUGAGCAACAGAUGCGCACCCUACAGGCCGCUCAGUCUCGAAAAGGCCAGCAUCCCGAUAUCAUGCAGUCGCGCGAGAUGACCAUCAUGCAAUUCAUGUUUCAGCAGAAGAUAUCGACGAUCAACCCGAUCCAGAAUCCCGUUCGUACCUCGUUCUUGCCACCGGCUUAUCCUCCGUCGGUUGCCCCGUUGGAUAUGCUCCAGACGUGUAUGUUCAAAGACCUCAUGCUGGAAACCCAUCAUCGUGGCUCCUACAUCGUGUUAAGGGCCGUAACACCUCCAAGUCUGAUGCUGGGAGCGAUGCUGAUUGUCGAGGAUGAAGAGGGGGAUGUUGUUCAGCUGACACUUUAUAACCAGGAUGUACACCUUACUGGAGAUGGCCGACUUGCGCAAGGAACAGUGAUGGUGGUGAAAGAACCCUAUCUGAAGGUCGUGGCUGCCGGGAAUCAUGCUAUUCGCGUUGACCAUGUUUCCGACAUCAUUUUUGUACCUGAAUAUGAUCCCAUCGUCCCACUGUCAUGGAGGCCAAAAGUCAUGAAUGCCGAUGGUUCUGCCAAUGAUUGGAAAGUAGCAGGAAAUGACAAGUUCAGCCAGGGAAAGUAUCACCAGGCUAUCGAUUGCUACUCCCAGGCUCUGAAGUGCUCUCCAUCCACGGCCGAAAUCGUCAUUAUCAGGCAGAAUCGUGCACUCUGUUUUCUGAAGACCCAUCAGUUUGACGCAGCACUUCGCGACCUUGACGGAUUGCCCGAGCCCCAACCCUCCAAGAAGACCCUAUUUCGCAAGGCCCAAGCCCUGUACCACCUCCAGAGAUUCCAGGAAUCUUGCGAAGCUCAUCAAGCCCUCGCCUUAGCCUGUCCCAACUAUGACGCCGCCAAAGCCGAGUUCAAAAGAGCUCGCGAAAGGCUUAAGGAACAGAAACACGGUCGGUAUCAAUUCAAGCAAAUGCAAGCAGAGGCAAGGAAACGCUCUCCACCCGUUCUGGACCGCGCCACCUACAUUGGCCCAGUCGCCGUCAAACACACGAAAUCCCGAGGACGAGGAUUGUUUACCACCAGGCCAGUGCAGGCAGGCGAUCUGUUGAUCUGUGAGAAAGCCUUUGCAUAUGUGUUCUCCGACAUUGCCAACCCUGACCAGCACCGUUCGAUUCUCAUAAACAUAGAAACGAGCGAGAUGACAAAGGGUGUUGAUGUAGACUUGACCCCCUUGGCCGUGCAAAAACUGCAACAGAACCCAUCUAUGGCGCCAGCUGUCACCGCUCUACAUCAUGGAUCGUACAACCCCGUCACCGUUUCGGAGGUUGAUGGUAUGCCUGUCGUGGAUACAUUCCUCGUUGACCGGAUUCUGUCAAAUAAUUCCUUCUCUUGUCCGCGUUCCUCGCGGGAGCACUAUAUCCAUGCCCUGCGACGCAGCCCAAAAGUCGAGCUCGACAAGGAUUCUCCCUCUGGCGGCCUUUGGCCUAUGGCCUCGUACAUCAACCACGCCUGCCAUUCCAAUGCUAGGAACGCGUUCAUUGGAGACAUGAUGGUCAUUCGUGCCACUGAGGAUAUACCUGCAAACACUGAGAUAACAAUCUGGUACAGAGCGGCGGACUACGACUCCAUGCCCAGCAACAUGCGCCACUGGGGGUUCGACUGCACUUGCGUUCUGUGUCAGGACUAUCGAGAAACUGAGAAAAGUGCAACUUCAGCAAGGAAAUCGGAAGUUGCCGACAUGCACAAGGCCCUCUCGCGCCAGGUUCCACAUUUCGCCAAAGCCGAAUCUAUCAUUUCUGCCACGGAGAAGACAUAUCGUCGACCAGCUUUGGAAGUCCCGCGCCUCGAGCUCUGGGAAAUGUGUCUUGCUCUUGCAAGCAAUCACGCUGCACACAACAACCCCCGCAAGUCUGUCAAGUUUGCCUUGAAAACUCUAGAAUCACUCAGUUACGUCGUUACCGGCGCGGAGCUCCCAUACGUCCCUGGUACUCAGCUCCACGUAGAGAAAUGGGGCAUGCUCCAGGGCAGAGCUAUCCGCUGCUGGAUGAUUCUUGCUAGGGCUUAUAUCAAGAUUGCACCACGACUCGUUUCCCAGGCGGUGGCAUACGCCAGGCUCAGUUACAAAAUGUGGCUGGGCGAGGAUGAGACUUUCGAUCAGACAAUCGACCUCUGGUCUGACCGUCUCGAUGGGCUUAUUGAUUCGGCUAGAUAG